CAAAGUGGACGUUCAAACAGAAAGUUGAUAAUGAAGAAAUUAAGUUCAAUAACGUGUUUACUUCUUUUAAUUAUUUCUGAGAUUAAAAGUGAAUUAGUUUCGUGUUCAUCGUUGGAAAAAGAAGUAGGGCAAGAACAUAUAACAUGCAUAAUAACAGACGAUAUAAAUGUAGUAGGAGUUGAGCUGAGUUCUUAUUCCGAUGGAUCAGUUAUUGAAAUCAAAAUUGAGAAUAACAAAAACCGUUUCCUACCUGUAAAAGUCGCUGAAUCAUUUCCCAAUUUGAAACUUUACAAUGCUGCUCAUGGUUCAGUUGAAUCACUUUCAAAGGAAAAUUUCAAAGGACUUUUGAAACUUUAAAAAUUAUUGUUGAAUAAUAAUAAAAUAAGAUCAAUCAAUGAAGACACUUUCAAAGGUUUGACAUCGUUGAAAGCAAUAAGACUUGAUUCGAAUAAGAUCAAAGAAAUUCAUGCCAAAGCAUUCGAGGGAUUGCCAAAAUUAAUUUAUUGUAAUUUAUCCUCGAACGAGUGCUUGAAUGAAAAUUUCAGCUCUUCAAUUCAGAUAAAUCAACAAUUAAUUCCAAAAUUGGCUGCACA